UGCGUGCCAGGAGCGGCGGAGGACCCCAAAGCCGCGAGCCGCUACAAGCUGGUGCACGUGGGCAGCGUGCGGAGCCUGGCGGACUCGCGCACGGCCGCGCAGGAGGGGCUGCAGGACCAGGACGUGCUGCUGCUGAUCCGCCGGCGCACCCCGCCGCCGCUUCCCAAGAUGACGGACGUGGCGUCCGAGGAGAAGCGGAAGGCGGAGCAGAAGGCCCCGGAUCGUGAUGCCAUCGUCCAGGCGACGGCGGGCGUGAGGGCGAGGAAUGCGUCACGCACCACCACCGCCCCCCCCAACAUCCGUGACUUCCACACGGACCUGCGCAAGAUCCUCGUGUCACUCAUCGACGUCGCGCAGAAGCUGCUCGCUCUGAACCCCGAAGCGGUCGACUUGUUCCGCACCGCCAACGCCAUGCUGGAUGAGGAUGUGGAGGCGGAGCGGCCGGCCGAGGUGGAGGGGGCGCUGACGCAGCUGCUGGAGAUGGGCUUCUCAGAGAGCCGUGCCAGCGUGGCGCUGCACACCAACGACAUGUCGGUGACGCGCGCGAUGGAGUGGCUCAUUGAGCACGAGCACGACCCCCCGGCGGCCUCCCCGGCGGCCUCCCCGGCGGCCUCCCCGGCGGCGGCGGCGGCGGCGGCGGCGGCCCCUCGGUCACCGAGGGGCGGGGCAAGCGGGGCCCAGGGAGAGGUCGCGACCCCGGACGACCUCACGGAGGUGUUCCGCCGGAUCCGGCGCCGGCGCGAGUUCCGGCCGGACCCGAUGGCGCUGGCUGCGCUGCUGGAGAUGGGCUUUGAGGAGAAGGACAUCGUGGAGGCGCUGCGAGUCAACGGCAACAACCAGGAGGCCGCUUGCGAGUGGCUGCUGGGGGAGCGUGCUGGCGCGUCCUCCGAGGGCGGCGAGGGAGGCCUGUCCCCCGGCAGCCCGCUGCUUCAGGCCAUCCUGGAGAACCCCGUGGUGCAGCUGGGACUCACCAAGCCCAAGAUCCUGCUCGCGUUCGAGGACAUGCUCGAGAACCCGGUUAACAGCGCCCAGUGGAUGAACGACCCGGAGACCGGACCUGUCAUGCUGCAGAUCUCGCGCAUCUUUCAGACCCUCAACCGGAUGUGACCCUGCCGCUCGCACCUAGCCACGCUCCACCCACCACUGCUGGCAGCGGGCCCGCGCACAGGGGCAGCUGCCGCUAGGGGUGCCCCUAGGCGAGACCACACAGCGGCAGUCACCCCCUACGAGUGGCAGCGGGCCCGCGCACAGGGACAGCUGCCGCUAGGGGUGCCCCUAGGCUAGAACACGCAGUGGCAAUUAUCCCUAUGACUGGCAGCGGACUCGCGCACAGGGACAGCUGCCGCUAGGGGUGCCCCUAGGCUAGAACACGCAGUGGCAAUUAUCCCUAUGACUGGCAGCGGACUCGCGCACAGGGACAGCUGCCACUAGGGGUGCCCCUAGGCUAGACCACACAGCGGCAGUCAUCCCCUACCACUGACAGCAGACUCACACACAGGGACAGCUGCCACUAGGGGUGCCCCUAGGCUAGACCACACAGCGGCAAUCAUCCCCUACCACUGACAGCGGACUCGCACACAGGGACAGCUGCCACUAGGGGUGCCCCUAGGCUAGACCACACAGCGGCAAUCAUCCCCUACCACUGACAGCGGACUCACACACAGAGACAGCUGCCACUAGGGGUGCCCCUAGGCUAGACCACACAGCGGAAAUCAUCCCUUACCACUGACAGCGGACUCACACACAGAGACAGCUGCCACUAGGGGUGCCCCUAGGCUAGACCACACAGCGGCAAUUAUCCCUAUGACUGGCAGCGGACUCGCGCACAGGGACAGCUGCCACUAGGGGUGCCCCUAGGCUAGACCACACAGCGGCAGUCAUCCCCUACUACUGACAGCGGACUCGCGCACAGGGACAGCUGCCGCUAGGGGUGCCCCUAGGCUAGAACACACAGCAGCAAUUAUCCCUAUGAUUGGCAGCGGACUCACACACAGGGACAGCUGCCGCUAGGGGUGCCCCUAGGCUAGACCACACAGCAGCAAUCAUCCCCUACCACUGACAGCGGACUCAAGCACAGGGACAGCUGCCACUAGGGGUGCCCCUAGGCUAGACCACACAGCGGCAAUCAUCCCCUACCACUGACAGCAGACUCACGCACAGGGACAGCUGCCACUAGGGGUGCCCCUAGGCUAGACCACACAGCAGCAAUCAUCCCCUACCACUGUCAGCGGACUCACACACAGGGACAGCUGCCACUAGGGGUGCCCCUAGGCUAGACCACACAGCGGCAAUCAUCCCCUACCACUGACAGCGGACUCACACACAGAGACAGCUGCCACUAGGGGUGCCCCUAGGCUAGACCACACAGCGGAAAUCAUCCCUUACCACUGACAGCGGACUCACACACAGAGACAGCUGCCACUAGGGGUGCCCCUAGGCUAGACCACACAGCGGCAAUUAUCCCUAUGACUGGCAGCGGACUCGCGCACAGGGACAGCUGCCACUAGGGGUGCCCCUAGGCUAGACCACACAGCGGCAGUCAUCCCCUACUACUGACAGCGGACUCGCGCACAGGGACAGCUGCCGCUAGGGGUGCCCCUAGGCUAGAACACACAGCAGCAAUUAUCCCUAUGAUUGGCAGCGGACUCACACACAGGGACAGCUGCCGCUAGGGGUGCCCCUAGGCUAGACCACACAGCAGCAAUCAUCCCCUACGAGUGGCAGCGGACUCGCGCACAGGGACAGCUGCCACUAGGGGUGCCCCUAGGCUAGACCACACAGCGGCAAUCAUCCCCUACCACUGUCAGCGGACUCAAGCACAGGGACAGCUGCCACUAGGGGUGCCCCUAGGCUAGACCACACAGCGGCAAUCAUCCCCUACCACUGACAGCAGACUCACGCACAGGGACAGCUGCCACUAGGGGUGCCCCUAGGCUAGACCACACAGCAGCAAUCAUCCCCUACCACUGACAGCGGACUCGCGCACAGGGACAGCUGCCACUAGGGGUGCCCCUAGGCUAGACCACACAGCAGCAAUCAUCCCCUACCACUGACAGCGGACUCGCACACAGGGACAGCUGCCACUAGGGGUGCCCCUAGGCUAGACCACACAGCGGCAAUCAUCCCCUACGACUGACAGCGGACUCGCACACAGGGACAGCUGCCACUAGGGGUGCCCCUAGACUAGACCACACAGCAGCAAUCAUCCCCUACCACUGACAGCGGACUCACACACAGAGACAGCUGCCACUAGGGGUACCCCUAGGCUAGACCACACAGCAGCAAUCAUCCCCUUCCACUGACAGCGGGCUCGCACACAGGGACAGCUGCCACUAGGGGUGCCCCUAGGCUAGACCACACAGCAGCAAUCAUCCCCUACGACUGACAGCGGACUCACGCACAGGGACAGCUGCCACUAGGGGUGCCCCUAGGCUAGACCACACAGCAGCAAUUAUCCCUAUGACUGACAGCGGACUCACACAGGGACAGCUGCCGCUAGGGGUGCCCCUAGGCUAGACCACACAGCGGCAAUUAUCCCCUACGACUGUCAGCAGACUCACACACAGGGACAGCUGCCGCUAGGGGUGCCCCUAGGCUAGACCACACAGCGGCAAUUAUCCCCUACGACUGACAGCGGACUCACACACAGGGACAGCUGCCGCUAGGGGUGCCCCUAGGCUAGACCACACAGCGGCAAUCAUCCCCUACCACUGUCAGCAGACUCGCACACAGGGACAGCUGCCGCUAGGGGUGCCCCUAGGCUAGACCACACAGCGGCAAUCAUCCCCUACCACUGACAGCGGACUCACACACAGGGACAGCUGCCACUAGGGGUGCCCCUAGGCUAGACCACACAGCAGCAAUCAUCCCCUACCACUGACAGCGAACUCACGCGGUGACACAAAACCAACGUGAACUCGCUCGCCCUGCACACCGACCCCCCGCUCCACCCCCGCCGCAUAUAUAUAUUUCCGCUUAAGCUAAACUAAAAACUAUUGACGGUGUUUAUUUCACCGAGGGAAGGUGCCCCCACUGAA